AUGGAUGGCUAUGGCCACCGACCGCUCAGCUUUUCGGACAGGAGAGCGAGCCUGUACUCGAGUGAGGAUGUCGUCAUGGGUAACGGAAACCACACGAUCAAGAUCCCCCAGCCUAGACCGCCCAGGGGACCGCCGACUCCCAGCAUGAGCACACCUGCUGCCGACUUCGACCAGACACUGACUGGAUCGCCGCCGCCGCCUCCGACACCCGCGGCAUCGCCUGGCCCAACUCACGCACAGCCUGACUGGAGCGACGCCGCGGACGACGAAGAUAUCUUCCUGGCUCAGUGUCGCCAACAUUUUCAGACCUGCAACGGCCCUCAGCGAACACGCAUCCUGGCGGACUUGUUGAACCUGUGCACAAGCCAGCAGCUGUCAUUCGUCCAUCAAUUCGUCAGCCCCUUGCUCAAGAAGGAUCCUUUUACCAGUCUUCCUGAUGAGUUAUGUCUUAGGAUUCUGUCAUUCAUCGACGACCCCAAAGUCCUAGCGAGAGCAUCCCAAGUGUCACGAAGAUGGCGAGACCUCCUCAGCGAUGACAUGACCUGGAAAAAUCUUUGCGUCAAACACGAUUACGGCCGUCGUCUGUCAGAGGUGGGCACUACGGUACCACUCUACGCAUCUCGGCCUGGAGCACAGCCUCUUGUUACGCUGGACACCCCAUUCUCGAAUCACAUGCACAGUUUUCCAGGGGCCUUACCAACUGCGACUGGUAUGUCGGCUUCCAGGAGCCUGGACGGCUCGGAGGCGAGCCCGCGUCCCAAGCUGAGGACAUACAAAUCGCAUUUCAAGCAGAGGUACCUGGUGGACGCUGCAUGGCGGACUGGUGGUAAGGCCACCACGCGAGCCAUCACCCAGGAUGGUGGUGUCGUGACCAGUCUGCAUCUGACACCCCGAUACAUCAUCGUCGCUCUGGAUAAUGCCAAGAUCCACGUCUUCGAUACCGAAGGCAACGCGUUGCGAGUGCUGCAGGGCCAUGUCAUGGGCGUAUGGGCUAUGGUCCCAUGGGAAGACAUUCUGGUCAGUGGCGGCUGCGAUCGAGACGUGCGGGUCUGGGACUUGAGCACUGGAAACUGCGUUCACACCCUGAGAGGUCACACGUCCACUGUGCGUUGUCUUAAGAUGUCUGACGCCAAGACCGCGAUCUCCGGCUCGAGAGAUACCACCCUUCGUGUCUGGAAUAUCGAGACUGGUGUCUGCCGCAACGUCCUUGUAGGUCAUCAAGCUAGUGUUCGAUGCUUGGAGAUCAAGGGAGAUAUAGUGGUUUCAGGCAGUUACGAUACUACCGCGAAGGUCUGGAGCAUAUCAGAAGGCAGAUGUCUACACACGCUUCAAGGCCACUACAGCCAGAUUUAUGCUAUUGCCUUUGACGGCGCAAGAGUGGCAACGGGCAGCCUGGACACAAGCGUGCGGAUUUGGAACGCAAACACAGGGGAAUGCCAGGCAGUCCUGCAAGGGCACACGUCACUUGUGGGCCAGCUCCAGAUGCGCGGAGACACUCUUGUCACAGGUGGCUCUGACGGCUCGGUCAGAGUCUGGUCUCUUUCGAAAUUCGUCCCCAUUCACAGGCUGGCUGCCCACGAUAACAGCGUAACAAGCUUGCAAUUCGAUGAUACUCGGGUUGUUAGUGGUGGCAGCGACGGCCGUGUCAAGGUCUGGGACCUGAAGACGGGCCACCUGGUUCGCGAGCUGAUUGCUCAAGGCGAGGCAGUCUGGCGCGUUGCUUUCGAGGAUGAAAAAUGCGUAGCCAUGGCUCUCCGAAACAAUCGAACCAUCAUGGAGGUCUGGUCCUUCUCUCCCCCGCCAGAAGAUGACAGGCCGUUCGCAUUGAGGUCGCUCGAGGAACCAGACCGGCCAAAGAGCGCCCUACCUUUGGACUACCGACCGCCACAGCCAGCAUUGCUUCACAGCUUGGGGCCCCGGGAAGGCGGAAUCGAAGACGUUGACAUGAGAGACGCCGGCCCCUCAACAGCACCCCUCCGGCAAGGCACCACGUUUUUCCACGAUUGA